CGUGCAAAUCAAACACUGUCAGCUUUUACUGCAGACAAGCUUAACUCCUGUUGUCCAGGAAGGAAAAUCUGAGUUUUUCAGUGAUCUGAGACUUUGUGGCUCAGCAGACAUAUUGCUUUCUCAGAAGACUCUGACUGCUUGCACAAUCAGCCUACGUGAAAGAAAGAACAGACCGCAGCUGCCUUUCCUUUCGUCUUCAGAAGACUUCAACUGCUCGCACAAUCAGCCGACAUGAAUGGCAAGAUGAAUUUGGAGGAAUACUUUAAAAGAAUUGGUUUCCAUGGCUCUUUUGAUAAGCCGGAUCUUGCAACACUGAAGCUGAUUCACAAACUGCACGUCAUGUCAAUUCCUUUUGAGAACCUCAGCAUUCACUGUGGUGAGAGGAUCAUCAUGGACCUUGAGGUCAUUUUCAACAAGAUAGUGAGGAGCAGCCGUGGCGGUUGGUGCUUUGAGAACAACUUCCUGUUUGGCUGGGUGCUGAGAGAAAUGGGCUACGACACUACGAUGCUGAGCUCCACCGUUUUCAACAAUGUCCUUAAUUCUUUUGACCCCACUGAAACUCAUCUCAUCAACAAGAUCAUCAUUGAUGGAAAGGCUUAUAUAGCAGAUGUAAGCUUUGGGAUGUCUUCUCAAGUGUGGGAGCCCCUGGAGCUUGUCUCUGCAAAGGACCAACCUCAGGCAGCAGGUGUCUUUCGCCUCAUAGACAAGGGGGACAUCUGGGUGCUGGAGAAGACUGGUAGAAAGCCAGAGAUUCUCAAUCCAGACUUUGCAAAAUCAAACCUGGUGGAUUGGCUGGUAACAAAGCCGAUCUACUACUUCACCUUGGUGCCUCGUGAGGUUGAUCAUUUCUUGGAGACAAACCACACACUCCAGACAGAUCCUGCUUCGCUGUUCAUCAGGAAGUCCAUCUGCUCUUUGCAGACACCAACAGGAUUCAGAGCCCUUCUUGGCCGGAACUACAGUGAGGUCACCUACAAACCUGAGGAAGGUGUUGAUGUCUUUGACAUGAGGAACAUAACAGAUGAUGAGAUAGAGCAAAUUCUGAGGGAAAAAUUCAAUGUAAAGCUGCAGAACAAACUGCAGCCUGCAAACAACAAAGCAUGCUUAACACUCUAAAUUCUGUUUAUUAAAUUGUCCUGAAAAGAUCUCAUAACCUGUGUUGACGACCGACCAGAGAGAGCAGCAUCCUGAAAAAAAACAAACCUCACAGGUAGUUUUCAUCUUUGAAUGUGGCCACAUACUGCCAAACCCCCACUUGGUUUAUUUAGCUCUAACAGUUUCUGCUUUGCCAUCUUAAGAGGCCCUCUCACUUAAAGCACAAAAGUAAGUUCAAACAGGCUGAACGCAGUUGAUUCAUUCACAGAAUCCCAGAUGACAAAUAACAAGAACUGCAACGCUACAUCCCAGUCUCCUCACAAUGUGGGCUUUAAUCACUAUCUUGAGGGUCUGAUGGUACUGUGCAGCACUUAAUGGCACCUUGAAACAGAGUAUGGUAUGCAGAGGACAUAAUCUCUUUGAUCCCUAGUUUAUGCAUAAUUCUGUAAAACAAUCCAGAUGUUAAAUUAGAUCCAGGGUCAAACUGAACCUGAGGCAAUUCUAGAAAACAGCUGGAUCAGAGCAGCUGCCAUCAUCUUAGCAUUCAUAUUCCUGAAGGGUACAGCUUCAGGGAGUCUACUGUAGUGGCUAUGUGAAUGAUAAAUUACAAAUAAUCAAUUUGUUAAAGGCAAUGCCAGAUAUCCCAGCUGACACUGGGUGAGAGGCAGGGUACACCUUGGACAGAUCACCAAACUGUCAAAGGGCUGAAACACAUAGCCAGACAACCACUCAAGCUAACACCUGUGGGCAGUUUAAUGUCACCUUUGGACUGUAGGAGGAAACCAUAAAACCUGCAGAAAACCUAUGCUGACACAGGGAAUAUAAUGUGAAGAACAGGUGUACUCCAAACAGAAGGGCCCCAGCAAAGCGACAGGAUUGAACCCCAGUGCUAACCACUGGACCACCACGCCACUUGUAUAUUUUAACUCUUCACAUGGCUUCCAAAAGUGCAAACACAAAACGACAAACAAAACAAACCAAGAAAAGCAAAUAUUUGGUACUGUACCUUGUUUGAGGCAAAGGCUGAACACAGUCACUCAGGAGACCGGAUACAGGUUCCUUCAUCAUUGGUGGUGAACAUAGAGGAGCUUCUGGAAAUAUCUUACUGGGCUUACCAAUCAACCAACAGGCAAGGUUUGUGCCUUGAAAACAACUUCCUGUUUGGCUGGGUGCUGAGAGAAAUGGGCCGAGACACCACGAUGUUGGGUUCCAGAGUUUUCAUUAGUACAAGCAAUGAUAUCAUGCAAAUCAUGGUACACACCAUGAUUUCCGACACAUAUUCUGUUUUUAAAUUGACCUUGAAUAUGUGUUAAAAGCCCAGGUAGAGCAGCUCAUUAAAUAAUCAUCUAUUUCAAAAACGAAUGGUGCUUGGAGUUUUUUUGUACAAUGUCGAUGAUGACUGAAAGAAGUUAAAAAAUAAACCAUACUUGUGUAAUGCCA